AUGGAAUGCAAAGUUGAAAUCCCAUUCAGAAAGGACUCGAAGAGCCUACCUGCUCCCUUACCAUGCGAAGAUCAGAUUCGCGAUUGCGCAAACAUCAUUCACGGGAAUGAACCUUCCGCAGAUCAGAAGGUGGCUGUGAUCGGUCCGUAUGCGAUAAAAUAUGGGAAGUACUUAAGUCAGCUAGAGGGAGAAAAUCUACUUUUCCUCGAGAGAUUUGCCCCUCGUAUCCCUGCUCCGAAGCUCUAUGCGAUGUGGCGUGGAGACGGUGCUAACUCCGAUCUUUUCAUGGUUAUGGACCUCGUACCUGGUAUACCACUUAACGAAUUAUGGCCAACACUAGGAGAUUCAGACAAAACCCAAAUUGUCAACAAACUGCGAGAUAUUUUUGAAUCACUUCACUCUUUGCCAUCACCAGGAUUCUUUGGUAGUAUCCAUCGAGGGCCGAUCCCUUAUCAUUUAUUUUGGGACGCAAAUGACGACCCAGCGAUUACUGGCCCGUUUAAUCAUGGACGUGAGAUGAUCCUUGGCCUGGCGAAAAGAUCGCGAGCGAAUUCAGCGUUAAAUGGAAAGUAUCCACACUUGGCGGAAUUCUUCGAGAGACAUAUAGCCCCAGCGCUUGAUGAUCAUUCACCUACCUUCUGCCAUUCAGAUGUGCAGCAAAAGAACAUCAUUGUCGACAUAACACAAGAAGAUACGAUGCAGGGCAAGGCUUUUCGAAUAACGAUUAUUGACUGGGAAAUUGCUGGUUGGUAUCCCAGCUACUGGGAGUAUGCUGCUGCAUUUUUGAGCUUCCGAUGGGACGAAGAUGACUGGCCAAACAGGUCAGAGGCCUUCAUUCCUGUACGCGCCGCGGAGGCAGCCAUGCUGAGGCUGAUCCAUCAAGAUCUAUGGUUUUGA